GCCUAUAUUAACGCGGUACAGAACUAAAGCAAUGCAUAGGGAAUUUAGUGCUUAAUGAGUGCUGGCAGUAUCUGAUAAAAAACUUGGAAGAAAAAAAUUGUUUUUUUUAUCAAUCAAAACUGCUAGUAUGACAGUCUGAGCAAGUCACCGGGUUGAAUACAUCACUCUGGAUCGAAGAUCUAUGAUCAUAAACGGUUAAUAAUUUAGUGCUCAAUGAGUGCUGCCAGUAUGUGAUACACUUUGCCAUUCUAGCUAAACGGACAUUCUUAAAAUCCUAGCCGAGGUUAAAAGACUGUCUGCUAUGUCUGAUUAUGCUUAAAUGCCACAAUACUCUUACUAACUAUAUAUGAUGAUAAGAUAACUACUUUAUUAGUAGUUUUCUUCAGUUUGGUCCCGAAUGAUUGGUGUGAAAGUUGUGAACUGCAUUUAUUAUCUUACUUCUUAAUCACAAAGGAAUCCAAAUUACCAAUUUAUUACUACAAACGAUGUCCAUAGCAAGUGAACAGCUUACUAAUUUCUACCAGUACUGUACAACGUUACGUCACCGUAGCUAAUUUAAGUUGAAUUCGAGCGUUCGCAUAUUUUAUGCAAACGAUGUGGAUUGCAAAAAUAAAGGAAUGCCCGCCAUCAAAAGCUGUCUAGACGGUCAAAAGCGAAUAUUUUAUCUUCGAACACGAGUUUAGAAAAGAAAUGUGCUCAUUUUUUGUAAAUGAUGCAUUUAAAUAGUAAUAUAAGGAUGAUUUAUUAUAAUAACAAUAUGGGUCAACCGUUACAUAAUUCGACCGUGGAGUGCAUCGGAUGUGAAUUUAUUUAUGAUCGAAGAUGGUGCUCGGCGCGCUGGCGGGGUGGGCGGCGGGCGAGCGCUGCGCGUGCGGCUCUCUCCGCCUUAUCUUUCGCGACCUCCGACGGACGCGCACGCUGCCCGCGCUCCACAUCAGCCGCGUUCCGACCGCGCUUCUACCGCACUCACGCUAUGCCACCUUCCCGACGAUAUACUUCUGUGUUUAGUUUCAAGUAUUGUUAUCGUUUCCGAAGUGCAGGACGUGGCCCGGAAAUGAGUCAGUGAAUCGGAUUUUUUAGUAGUAGUGACGAUUUAACUUUCAAUAUUGUCUGUUUAUUAAUUGAAAACUCUUACGAAUUAUUACAGUUUCAUACGAAUUUACGAUGGUGUCUGAGGGCCCUUUGCCCGUAGUUUGGUGUAUAAGAGAUAAUCAACUUGUGCCUCAUCAAGUUUCUGGUGUAAAGUUACAAGGAGCGGUAACUGGCGCGCACAUAGCUGCCGUCACGGACUUUUUGCGAAUGGUUGCCGGGACUCCUAUAGUGUUGCCGCACACGGCUGUCAGCGAAGAUUUCGAUAAUGAUAUUAAUCAAGAAAAAGAAAACUCGACUCGACGACGUAAGAUGUCAAUGCAAGUCGAGGUACCGUGUGUUUUCUUAUCUGAAAGUGCCUUACAGAAGGCAAAAAGCCGCAGCAAUUCACUAGAUGAUAAGUUAUUAUUUGAACAGUGUAAGACAUUAUCAUCAACCAAAAGUUUUUUAGAAGUAGAUAGCAAAUCACAUUCAUGUGAAUCUAAAGAGUCUGAAGACAAUAGUCCACAUGCGAGUGAAACUAAAUGUACUCAAAGAAUAAGAAGGAUAAUCGAUUUAGAUGAUAUUAAUCCUAAGCUAUUAGAUACAGAAAUUGAAAACGAACCUCUUCAAAGGAUAACUAGAAUUAUUGAAUUUGAAAAUGAUAGUGCGCCAUCUUCGCCUAUGUAUAUAGACGGAGAAACUGAACCUUUACAAAGAAUAACCCGAAUAAUUGAAUUAAACGACGAUAAUACUUUUUCAACAACUGAGUGCACCAGAGAGAACGAUAAAGAAAAUAUGCAAAAAUUAUCUAGAAUUAUGGAAUUACAAAAGCAAGAUUCCUUUCCUAGUAUGACUAAAAUAAUAGAAAUGGAAAACGAAAUAUCUAAUGAGAGAAGAAUUUCAUUAACCAAUGAACGCGAAACCGGUGGUGGAAUAGUCGACAGUUGUUGCGAAGAAGUUGUUGUUAGACCUAAGUUAGCACAUAGAAGUACUCCUAGGAUCAGUGUUGAUUCUUCGUGCUCCGAAAACUCUUACGUUAAUAUUGACUGUAUUAAGAGUUUGCCGGAUGUAAGAAAAGAGGAAGGCACAGACAGUGGUAUAAGUCCCGAAUCAUCACCAGCUGGCAGGUCUAUUCGCUCGCGAUUUCCUAGAAAAAAGACUUCGGUAUGUUCGAUUGGCUCUUCGGACUGCGAUGAUGAGAUAGAUGUUAUAUUUAAAUCUAAACCAAAAUCUAGUCAGUGGUUAAGUCUUGAUUGGAUACCGCCACCUCCCAAAGAAGAGCCAGUGAUUACGCAAGUCUGUGAUAAAAACGAUUUUAUAACUAAAUGGAUAGCGGAGCAGAACUCCCAAGAAUCUGGAAUCAUUGCCGAUGAAAGAAGAAAGAGUCUUCCACCCAAAUCGAAUGAAGUUUAUCUUCAAAAUAUGAGGAGGUUCAGCGAUAGCUUGCAAAUAUGCAAAGAAGACGCUGCUAGUGAUUCACCCGCCACGGUUAAAUGGAAGUGGCACGACAUCGUCAAACGUCAUUUGCAACUGUUAAAAAAUGACAAAGGAUUCAGGCGACAAAGAGGUAGUUGGAUGCGAACAGGACGCCGCCUGUCCGGAACCACCAUCAACCAAAACAAGAGCAUCGAUUUACCUCUGGAUACUUACAUGAAACUCAACUCUAUGCCAUGGUACUUCCGCAAGAUAAAACGAAUCGAGGCGGAGAAGAAGCUGCUCCUGCCAGAAAACGAACAUGGCGCCUUCCUCAUCAGAGACUCGGAGAGCCGUCACAACGACUUCUCACUAUCUGUACGAGAUGGGGACACGGUGAAGCACUACCGCAUCAGGCAGCUAGACGAGGGCGGGUUCUUCAUCGCGCGCCGCACAACCUUCCGCACGCUGCAAGAGCUGGUUGAGCACUACAGCAAGGACGCUGACGGCCUCUGUGUCUCGCUCAGCAAACCCUGCGUCCAGGUGGAGAAACCAGUAACAGAGGGACUAUCGCACAGAACGCGUGACCAAUGGGAGAUUGACCGAUCAUCGUUGAAGUUCGUGCGCAAGUUGGGCCACGGACAAUUCGGCGAAGUAUGGGAGGGUCUAUGGAACAACACUACCCCCGUCGCGAUCAAGACCCUGAAAUCGGGCACAAUGGAUCCCAAAGACUUCCUUGCUGAGGCUCAAAUCAUGAAGAAGCUGCGCCACAACAAGCUGAUACAGCUGUACGCUGUGUGCACCCUCGAGGAACCUAUCUAUAUCAUAACUGAGCUCAUGAAGAACGGCUCGCUACUCGAUUACCUACAAGGUAAAGGGCGAGGCCUGAAACUGCAGCAGCUGAUCGACAUGGCGGCGCAGAUAGCGGCCGGCAUGGCGUACCUCGAGUCUCAGAACUACAUCCAUCGCGAUCUGGCCGCGAGGAACGUACUCGUCGCCGACGCUAACAUUGUGAAGAUUGCAGACUUCGGCCUCGCCAGGCUCAUCAAGGAGGAUGAGUACGAGGCGCGAGUGGGCGCCCGGUUCCCCAUCAAGUGGACAGCUCCCGAGGCGGCCAACUACAGCAAGUUCUCUAUCAAGUCAGACGUCUGGUCCUUCGGUAUCCUUCUAACGGAGCUGGUCACAUACGGAAGAAUACCUUAUCCAGGCAUGACGAACGCCGAAGUCUUACACCAAGUGGAGCACGGUUACCGUAUGCCGUGCCCGCCCAACUGUCCGGCGGCGUUAUACGAAAUAAUGCUCGAGUGCUGGCACAAGGAUCCCCUGAAGAGACCCACCUUUGAGACUCUGCAGUGGAAGCUGGAGGACUUCUUCACCAUGGACAACUCCGAGUACAAGGAGGCCUCCGCCUACUGAGCCCGGCCUACCCUGCCGCCCCACCGACACGCGCACCACACUCCGGGCCUAUACCACAUGCCGCCGGAGCUGCAGAUGCUGCACGGCAGCGCGUCCAUGCAGCACCUGCAGAUGCACGCGCUCGCGGCGCACCAGAACCAGGUGCAGCUGCAGUUGCAGCAGAACCAGCUGCAACUACAGCAAUUGCAGCUGCAGCAGCAGCAGUUGCAGCCGCCCCGCCAGCGCCCCGCGUGCCACCAUCACGCGCGACACCAGACCCUCGCGUACCGCGCUCCAUAACACCGGAAUAAAUCACAAAAGAAAAAGAUCGUCGAACACUCGGUAAACCCGACUAAUUAGAAAUGAUAUGGAAGCAUUAAUCUCUAACAAAACCAUAGAGGUAUAAGAAUAGAGAAGGGGAGAUAUAGACUCUACUACAAGUGGAAGUGUCCCUUUAAUAGAAAGAGAAAGAAGAUGAGAGACC